AUGACAGGCCUCAAAGACUUAAUCUUACAGGAGGGGUUAAAGAAAGAUUUUUUGGUAAGGAUAAUGAGGAAGUUGGGGUAUUAUCAUAGUGGAUUGACAAAGGGUGAAUUGAUAGACACCUUAGUGAAGAAGAUCGAGGAAAAUGACAAUGCAAAUGGAGAUUUAGUAUCACUGGACAUGGGAUUGAAAAAUAUGUCGCUCGCCCGGUUUUCAAAUGAGCAGGGGAAAAAACCCACAUUGAUUCAAUGGUUUAAAAGAGAUCUUGAAUCGGGUGUGAAAGUAUCCUUUCACCCAUUAAAAUAUUCCCAUAUAUCUAAGGAAUUCAUAACCACAUUUUUAAUAAAGCAGGGUUGUCAAACUCUAGUUUUUGAAAGACAGCGAUACAGAACUGGGGGGUCUUCCAAUGUUCUAGAGUCUACUUUAAAAACUAAUACUAUAGAGGCCAUGUUAUGUAUGGGCGUCUCAAUGCAUAAUCUGUAUCACCCAUCUAAAGAAAUACAAAUACAUUCGGUAUCACCUGGGAUGAUGGUCGAUUAUUGGCAGUCGGAAUUUUCGACGAUGCUAAAACAAGAGCAAAAAAAGAGUAAGGAGUUUAGGGUUAGUUUAACACUGCAGAUGCUGAGAGAUUCAUUGUCAAAGAACAAGUUACUUCCUCCAGAAAUUCAAUUGGCAAGUCCCAUUAUGCAUCAUAGAUUCGAAUUGUCAGAUACAAUUCUAGAUAAUCUAUCGACUGGAUUAAAGGAUGACAAUAUCAAGAAGGAGUGGGACCAUAUUUGGAAAUUUAAAUCUCUUAGUAGGAAACUAUGGGAACUUGUAUACUUUAUUAACCGUUUCAACAUUUCGCCAUAUACUGUGCCAUUGGAUAAAUAUUGGUGGGGUAGCGUUAAAGGUGAUGAUCUAGCAGACUCUUUACUGCAUGGUCUUGCAUAUUCCGAGUACAUAAAAGCAAGAGAAGAUUUCAGAAAAAACGUUAAAGAACAUGGUCAAAUCAAUAGUUAUAGGUAA